GCCGCAGUCAAACCCGAAGAUAAAUAAAAGUCACAUAUUUUCAAUAAACCCCCCAAAACCCUAAUUCCAGCUCUCCACCAUCUCAGAUCCCACGACGAAAAAGCAGAAUUCCUAGCUUCCGUUCGCCAUGAUUUGCUCCAUCUCCGGCGAAGUGCCGGAAGAGCCGGCGCUCUCGAAGAAAUCAGGGCUUCUCUUCGAGCGGCGGUUAAUCGAACGCCACAUUGCAGAGUAUGGGAAAUGCCCUGUUACUAAGGAGGACCUCACAAUGGACGACAUUAUGCCGGUGAAGACCAACAAGGUGGUCAAGCCUAGACCCUUACAGGCUGCAAGUAUCCCUGGCUUGCUUGGAAUGUUUCAGAAUGAGUGGGAUGCUUUGAUGCUAUCCAAUUUUGCUUUGGAACAACAGUUGCAUACAGCAAGGCAGGAGCUCAGCCAUGCCUUGUAUCAGCAUGAUGCCGCAUGUCGUGUUAUAGCUAGAUUAAAGAAGGAAAGGGAUGAGGCAAGAACGCUAUUGGUCCAGGCGGAAAGACAAAUUCCCCUGUCAACAGCUUCUGCUAACGCAAACUCUGUUGCUAACAACGGAAAAAGAGCUGCAGAGGAUGAGCUUGGCCCUGAUGGAAAGAAAAUUCGUCCUGGUAUUAACCCAGCCACAAUUGCUGAGCUUACAGAGUGCAAUUCUUUGCUUUCAGGACAGCGGAAAAGGCGGCAGAUACCUCCAACAUUGGCACCAAUUGAUGCACUGGAGAGAUACACCCAAAUUUCUAGUCAUCCUCUUCACAAGACUAACAAGCCUGGCAUUUUAUCUUCGGACAUCCAUCCUUCUAAGGACAUCAUUGCAACUGGUGGGGUGGAUGCAAAUGCAGUGCUCUUUGAUAGGGCAUCUGGUCAGAUUUUAUGCACGCUGACUGGCCACUCUAAGAAGGUCACCAGCGUGAAAUUUGUGCCUCUUGAUGAUCUGUUUGUAACUGGAUCAGCAGAUAAGACAGUUCGUGUUUGGCAAGGGGCUGAUGAUGGGAAUUACAGUUGUAGAAAUGUCUUAAAGGAUCACACUGCCGAGGUGCAAGCAGUUACAGUCCAUGCCACCAACAAGUAUUUCGUGACGGCUUCUAUGGACAAUACCUGGUGUUUUUAUGAUUUGGCUUCUGGAUCAUGCCUGGCACAGGUUGGCGAAGCUUCUGCGGAGGAGGGUUACACUUCUGCUGCCUUUCAUCCAGAUGGUCUUAUCCUUGGAACCGGCACCUCUGGAGCCCUUGUUAAGAUUUGGGAUGUCAAAUCUCAGUCAAAUGUUGCCAAGUUUGAUGGACACUCUGGCAUAGUCACAGCAAUGUCAUUUUCUGAAAAUGGCUACUAUCUCGCGACUGCAGCCCUUGAUGGAGUUAGGCUUUGGGAUCUUCGGAAGCUGAAAAACUUCAGAUCCUUUGCUCCGUAUGACCCAGAUACUCCGACGAAUUCUGUGGAAUUUGACUUCAGCGGCAGCUAUCUUGCUAUGGCUGGUUCUGAUAUCAGGGUUUACCAAGUUGCCAAUGUGAAGGCUGAAUGGAAUCUACUCAAAACAUUCCCAGAUUUAUCAGGAACAGGAAAAGUGACAUCCGUAAAGUUUGGAGGGGAUGCAAAAUAUUUGGCAGUAGGUUCUAUGGACCGCAACCUGCGUAUCUUCGGCCUUCCAGAGGCAGGGGAUGAAAUGGAGGAAUCCAGAGGAUGAACUAAUCGAGGAUUUCGAUAUUUGUGAAAUGAACCACAACGCAGUUUCAUCAUUGCACCAGCCUAAGCUCUCCCGUCCGUUUUGGUAAUUACGGUUCACAGUGCAGAUCUGAGGGGUCAAGCCUUUAAAUUAUGAGCCACGCAAUGUGCUUCCGUAACUCCUCAAGCUUUAAAUUAUGAGCCGCGCAAAACACUUCUAUAACUCUGAGGAAGAUGCGAUUCUCGAUCCAUGUCCCAAAACAUGGGGUUUUUUUUUUUUUAAGCUUGGCUGGGCAUCCCUUGGAUAAUUGUAUUGUAUUGUAAGCUUUGACAACUUACCAUUGAGAGGGGCUUGCGUUCGUUUGUGGUCAAAAUUUGAAGUUAUUUCAGUUCCGUUCUACAAGUGAGGGGAGAAUUAGCUAUCGGGAUGGAAAAAGCAAGUGAAUUUUGUAGUUCUUAUUUGAUGGGUCGAUUUGAUACAUAUUUCAGGA